AUGGCAUAUAUCUGUUUUCUCCUGUUUGCUAUUCUCUACAUAGUUUCCUACUUCAUAAUCACAAGGUACAAAAGGAAAGCAGAUGAGCAAGAGGAUGAAGAUGCCAUUGUCAAUAGAAUUUCGCUGUUUUUGAGCACCUUCACUCUUGCAGUUUCAGCUGGUGCCGUCCUGCUUCUACCUUUCUCAAUAAUCAGCAAUGAGAUCCUGCUAUCUUUUCCACAAAACUACUAUAUACAGUGGUUAAAUGGCUCUCUAAUCCAUGGAUUGUGGAAUCUUGCUUCUCUUUUUUCCAAUCUUUGCUUGUUUGUGUUGAUGCCUUUUGCCUUCUUUUUUUUGGAAUCAGAGGGAUUUGCUGGCUUAAAAAAGGGAAUCCAAGCACGCAUUUUGGAAACAGUUGUUAUGCUUAUUCUUCUUGCACUGCUUAUCCUUGGAAUAGUUUGGGUAGCUUCAGCUCUCAUUGACAAUGAUGCUGCCAGUAUGGAAUCUUUAUACGAUCUUUGGGAAUUCUACCUCCCUUAUUUAUAUUCCUGUAUAUCACUGAUGGGCUGUUUAUUACUUCUUUUAUGCACACCAGUGGGGCUUUCACGGAUGUUUACGGUGAUGGGCCAGUUGCUGGUGAAGCCAACAAUCCUUGAAGACCUGGAUGAAGAGAUAUAUAUCAUCACCUUAGAGGAAGAAGCAAUUCAGAGGAGGCUAAAUGGUUUAUCUUCUGCUGUGGAGUACAGUACAACAGAGCUGGAAUGGGAACUUGAAAGUGUGAAGAGCACAAAAACAAAGCUAGAGCGACGAAAAAAAGCUUCUGCAUGGGAGAGGAAUUUAGUGUAUCCAGCUGUUAUGAUACUGCUACUCUUUGUAACGUCCUUAUCAGUCCUCUUGGUUGCUUGCAACAUUCUUCGCCUGUUGGUCGAUGAGACUGCAAUGCCAAAGGGAUCAGGGGGGCCUGGGAUAGGAAAUGCUUCUCUGUCCACUUUUGGUUUUGUGGGAGCAGCACUUGAAAUCAUUUUGAUUUUCUAUCUUAUGGUGUCCUCUGUCGUCGGCUUCUACAGUCUUCGCUUUUUUGAAAAUUUCACUCCCAGGAAGGAUGACACAACUAUGACAAAGAUAAUUGGAAACUGUGUCUCAAUAUUAGUGCUCAGCUCUGCUUUGCCAGUGAUGUCAAGGACCCUGGGAAUUACCAGAUUUGAUCUGCUUGGAGAUUUUGGAAGAUUCAACUGGCUGGGAAACUUCUACAUUGUGUUAUCUUAUAAUCUGCUCUUUGCUAUAAUGACGACCCUCUGUCUGGUCAGAAAGUUUACCUCUGCUGUGCGAGAAGAGCUCUUAAAGGCAUUAGGUUUAGAUAAACUUCACCUGUCAAACAAUGUAAGAGACUCAGAAACAAAGCCUGCUGCAAACGGGCAUCAGAAAACACUGUGAGGAACGAUCAUCUUCAGUCACUAGAGCUGAAAACUUCAACCUCAUGACAUUCCUGUCAUCUCAUCAACGUAUUUUUGUAUAGAUUUUACUUGUUGCUAAUUUGGGUCCAAGUUUGUGUCCCUCUGGACACUGCUUCUGAGAAACCUCGCUACUGCAGGUUCUACAUGGGAUUAUUUUUGGUUCAUUUUGUUUACACCCCAGGCAGUUUAUGCAGGAGGUACCUUGAAGACUGAAAACUGAAGAGGAUGAAAAGUUUCUGUUUUUGGAUGUAGUUUCAUGUUUCUAGAUGUGAUGUUCCACUACUAUGUGAAAAGCACAGUUCCUUGCGUAUGCUAUAAAUACAGUGACAAAAAAUAACUUUGAAUCUUCAUAACAAAGGAUACAUUUGAAACCCAGUAUAACCCUACCUGGAAUAUUAUUUACAGUAGAUAUGCUUUUCUGCUAAGAAUAUGGUAAGAGAAAGUGAAGUAAUUUCCAGAGAUGACUGUUGCUUUCAUAUGGGAUCACUAAGUUGUUUAUAGUCUGACAUUGCAAAGCAUUCUUCAGGGGCCAGCAUUUUAAGCUUCCUGUUCUUAGCUAUAUGUGACUGAAGACUACUUUAUUUAGUGACCAUUAGACAAUAUCUCGCCAAAUUUAGCAAACCACAAGAUAAAUGCUCACUUCAGCAUUAAAUCUGAGCUAAGAGUGCUUUGUAGAAAGCUACACAGAUGUCUUACUGGUAUAGUUUUUAAUCCUACAAAUUAAGAAAGAAGUGUUGUGCCAUAGAGGUCAGUUGCCAUAGCGAACGACACAGAAUUUUACACGCACAGAAUUUCUUUUAUAUUCCUUUUAUUUGGAAUCCGCACAAGUAGUAGUUAGUGGUUGCUUAGUAGGCUUCAAUUGCACAUAGUUGUAGCCUAAAUGUUUUACCUGAAGUAAAUUUAUUUCUCUGAAUUGCAUCCUGAUAGCUGUACUGUUACGCAGAGGUACAAUCCAGUAUUUCUCAACAAUCUCUUCAGUCUUUAGUUUCUCUUAAUAUAUGUGUGUGCAUAUAUGCACAUAUAUGUAUGUAUAGAAAAUUAAAUGCUUUCUCCUGCGGAAAAAACACAGGAAACUUGGUAAAUAAACCCUGUUUAUUCGGUCUUGUUAGUAUGAGAAUGCUAAAGGAAAUGAAUAUGAAGUCCUCCAAGCAGUGCGUGACAAACUAUAGGUUGCUAUUAAACUAUAUACUUUUGGCUAUAAACUAUACACUAUUUUUUGUUGGUGUAAAACUGAACUAUGUGCAGAUCUCUGGCCUUGCACUUAAUGAGCUGUGCCAACCAGUUUAUAUCCAGUCUGAUUCUGAAGCGAAGUAGUCUUUUCUUAGGUUGGGUGUUUUUUUAUCUGCUGUCUUUCUGAGGCGGUUCUGGGUUCUGGAUUUGUGCUUAAUGCAAUGCAUGUCAUAGGAGUUUUCUGGAAUAUAUCACAAGACAAACUCCAAAGAAUAUCACUUUCAUGAAUCUGCCUUUUCUGAACUGAAAUGAGUCAUAAUGUAAAUACUACUCAAGUCAAGUUCUAGCUAUCGGAUCUCCUUUUCCUUUUUGUGAGUGCUAGUGUAAUCAAAACUAAAUUCCAGGCAUACCUUUUCCUAGGAUGGUUAUUGAUAUGUUGUAUUAAAGUCUGAAGGACAGUAAAAUUGCUUGACUUUUUAAAGAUUUAGAGGUAUCUUACUAUUGCUCAGAUUUAACAAUGAGGUUUUUUUGGACUUCUUUCCCUACUAAGGAAAAAAUCCUGGUCACAAACAAGUAUCUACAGUUAAUUCCCUUAAAAGUGAAUAUAAGUUUACAAGAAGAUUUAUCAUUAAAGGCAUUAUUGAUUUCUGCUGCCUGUUCAGAGUGGGUGGACUUAGACACUAGAACUGUAGUGAAGAAUAAUAGGUGCAUCUAGUUUCUUGCUUUUACAAGUUGAUAGUGCUGCCAUGGUCUUACAAGCGUCUCCAGUGUCACUUGCAAACUGGUAGAUAAUGAAGUGUUGCUAGCUUUUUAUAAUGCACAUGCCAGGUUCCUAUUAUAUUGUGAUUUAAGAUAGUUGCCAAAGCUUAAGUUAAAAUUUUUGUUUGAAUCUACUUCAUGAAAUUGUCUAAAGAUGAAGUAAAAAAUUCUGUCCAAAUUUUAGAGGGAUGUUAGCAUUCACAUAGAAACCGAUCAGACUUUUUUUGAGAAGUGUUUCCCUUAUCAUAAGCUAUCCAAGAACAUUAGGAAAGAUGGAUCAUAAUCCAUGCACGUGUGUUCCCAAAGAUGGACUGUGAUGAUUAAAUGCAUUGGGUUUAGGCACUUCCCAGCGAUAAGUACACAUGCAAGUGCCAGUUUUCUGGCAAGACUUUUCUUCCUCAUCUUAGACUUCCUCUGCCUUCCAAAACAGAAGCUGAAUUAUAUGUUGGUUGCACCUUUAAUGGAUUCUGCUAUGUAUGCUAAAGAAAUGUAUUGGAUCAGAUAGAUUACCAACAUGUAGACAAUACUGUAAAAGACUUUUACGGCUGAUCAGUCUUCAAAGAAAAUUGAAAUUGUCUUGUAUAACUGCUGACAGUGUUGGCUCUAUCUAUAUUGUUACACUGUCUACAUUUUAAAUGGCUGCUUAGCCCUGCAACUAGCAUUCGGUAUGCAAACCUUGACAUACAGUACUCCUUUCAACUAUAGAUGUGAAACCUAGGUCACGUAUAUUUUAGGCACAUACAUUCACCUAAGUAGAAGCAGUUGGUAAUUCAUGAAUGGAUAUUGGCAAUGCAUUCCUAAUAUUUUUGACUCGUGUAGAGUCUGGUAGUCUAUACCUUUAUACAGCUGAUCUUGAUGGCAUCAACAUCUGCCUCACUUAUGAGGUGAAAGCAAAGAGAUGCUUCCAUCUUAAACCAGAUGUCAGAAAUUUGACCAAAAAUGUAUGUGAUGAUGUCUUAAAUGAGCCACCUCUUGGCUUUCUCCUGUGUUGGCAACACAGUAUUUAAUGCAAUGGCCGAAUUGUAAUAUGGUGGGAUUUUUUAGUGUAAGCACAUCUUUGGUACUUGACACUUUAAGCAUUAAAUUGUUGUGAUAUGUUACUGUUCAAGUAACAGUUUUUGGAUAUGUAGAAAACUUUGUUUACCGGUUUGUAAUGUGGUGUUUAUUUUUGGUCCUGUUUCCCCCAAAUCUUUUACACAGUUGGCUGUUUUACAGUGUCAUAAGAAUUAAAGUGUUUAACAAGGAAUUAUUUCAUGCUUUGGUCCAGAAGGUUGGGAUCAAGUUUUAAAUCAUUGAGCAACUAGGGUAUUAGUCAUUCAAGCAUAUUGAAGCAGCUGGUAGUCAAAGCUAUUUAGAGUGUCUAAAGUGUGCCCAGCACUGUACAAAACACUUGAAGUAGUCCUGAGAAACCUACAGUCUAAAUCAGAUGGGGAAAUGACACUCUGAAUUUACUGAAUGUACAUCACAGUACACAUGGGAAAUGGCUAAAGGUCAAGCCUUCAUGGUGAAUUUUAUAUUACAUUAGUGAUUGUCCAGAUGAGUCCCUGCCACUGGUCAUAUCAGUUAUCAAUUAUUAGGCUGAUGUCUUCCAUAUGGCAUUUUGGAGAACCUAGAAUAUAUAAUGUUAGUCAGUUGCUUAAACCCCCCC